GCAGGAGAGCUCAAGAUCCAAAGAGCAGAAGAAGCGAGGGAGAGCAAGAGUGAGAGCAGAGGACCUGAUCAGAACUUGUGCCCAACAAAAUUCAUUUACCAUGAAGGCAAUCACUGUGACCUUGGCCCUGCUUGUGAUCACAGGAGCCCAUGGUGCUGUUCUGUGGCAACCACAAACAGGAAUGGAUGAGUUCACGAGUACUCUCUUGGAUUACGUCAACCAAGUCAAAGACACUGCGAGAGGAACCGUUGCCCAGAUAGACAACUCUGAGCUUGGAACCCAACUCAACCUAAGAAUCUCAGAAAGCCUGGACAACCUUCACAAAUAUGUCAACGACUUGAGCAAGAAAGUCAUGCCAAUUUCCGACGACAUUCGCGAGAAGCUCACCAAAGACACGUCAAAGCUGCGGGCACAGAUCCAGAAGGACCUCGAGGACCUUCAGGCCAAGUUGCUUCCCUAUGCCAAGGAGUUCCGCCAAAGGUUGAACGAGAGCGUGGAGGACUACCGUCAGAAGCUGGUGCCCAUGGCCGAGAACCUUAAAGACCAAGCUGUUCAGAAUGCUCAGGAUCUCCACGAGAAGAUGACCCCCUACGCCAAUGAGUUCCGGGAGAGGGUCAAGACUAAUGUGGACGUCCUGCAGCAGAAGUUAACUCUGUACACUGACACCGUCCGGGAGACGAUUAACCAGCGCCUGGAGGAAUUCCGCCAGAACGCCUCCCCCUACGCCAGUGACUUCCACGAGAAGCUCGUUGUGAACAUGGAGGAAAUGAAGCAGAGAAUGAACCCUCUGGCCAAGAGCAUCAAAGAACGUCUGACUCAACUCACCGAGAACCUCAGAACCAAACUGUCCUCCAUGUGGGAGUCGUUCAGCCAAAGCUUUAACUAAGGACAGUUGAGCAAAACCAAAUCAACAGUUUGUAGAUCCUCACCAACUUGGCACUGGUUUAACUUCAGAUUACGAACUCAUCCACAGUCUAGUGUUAAGACGUCUGAAAUUCCCACUGAGCCUUGGCUCGUCGAGACCACUUUGUCUUCACAUUUUAAGAUCGGGGAAAAUUCCUAAAAUCUGGCUUCGGAACGGAACCCGGUGUCUCUUUGCAAUUCUUAAACAGAAACCGGCUUCCAAACGAUGACCGAAUUUAGGAUCAAUCUAGAAUUUUGGCCCCACCUCAAGUGUUAAGACAAAAUGGUGUGAAUUUUGGGGUUUUUGUUGGUUAAUGCAUUAUUAUUUAUUCAUUAUUCACUGGUCAAUAUAUUGUAGUGUCUCUAUAAUCAUCAAGCGUCUGCCAAAGCAAUACCCUACAUGUUUUUGUGAGAAUAUUAUGUCCGUCUGUACAAACUGCUUUAGUGUUUAAGAGUCUGAUUUGGAGUUUCUUAGUUGUUUUCCAAAUAAACAAAGGCUUUGCAAUGAAA